UCCGCAGGGGGCAGAGUGACUUAUAACGACGCUGCCGUUAUUGAGCGUAGAAGAAGACAGAAACCAAACAACAUGGCAGCCUGCGUAGAACACGUUUCCACAGAGACAGAUCCUCCAGAAACAGACAAACCAGAAGCCCCAGAAACCACCAGAGACCCGGAGACCUCAGACUCGGAGCCGGCAGCUCAGGACCCGGACCCAGAUGAGGACGAGGAUGAGGACGGAGGGGAGCCGCCGGAGCCGAAGACCCGAGACACCCCGGAGGACAUCCGGCUGGAGGCCAUCGCCAACACGGUGGCGCUGCACCCUUCCAGGGACAUGCUGGUUUGCGGGGACGUGGACGGGGACGUGUACGCGUACUCCUACUCGUGCACGGAGGGGGAGAACCGGGAGCUGUGGUCCUCCGGGCACCACAUGAAGUCCUGCCGCCAGCUGCGCUUCUCCGAGGACGGGCUGAAGCUGUUCAGCGUGUCCCGGGACAAGGCGGUCCACAUGCUGGACGCGGAGCGGGGACAGCUGGUCACGCGCAUCCGCGGCGCGCACGGGGCCCCCAUCAACAGUCUGCUGCUGGUGGACCAGAACCUGCUGGCGACCGGAGACGACGGGGGGACACUCAAGGUUUGGGAUAUGAGGAAGGGGACGGCCAUCAUGGAUCUGAAACACCACGAGGACUACAUCAGUGACAUCGCUGUGGACCAGGCCAAGAGGAUCCUUCUCACUGCCAGCGGUGACGGCACCAUGGGCGUCUUCAACAUCAAGAGGCGGCGUUUCGAGCUGCUGUCGGAGUACCAGAGCGGCGACCUGACCUCGGUGGCGCUGAUGAAGCGGGGCAAGAAGGUGGUCUGCGGCUCCAGCGAGGGGACCGUCUACAUCUUCAACUGGAACGGCUUCGGAGCCACCAGCGACCGCUUCGCCAUCAAGGCUGAGUCGGUGGAGUGCAUCCUCCCCGUCACAGACAACAUCAUGUGCACCGCCUCCAUGGACGGAUACAUUCGAGCGGUGAACCUGCUCCCCAACAGAGUCAUCGGCUGCAUCGGGCAGCACGUGGGCGAGCCCAUCGAGGAGCUCGCCAAGUCCUGGGACUCCCGCUUCCUGGUGAGCAGCGCCCACGACCAGCUCAUCAAGUUCUGGGACAUCUCCACGCUACCCAGCUCCACCGUCAACGAGUACCGCAAGAGGAAGAAGAAGGACGGACGCAUGAAGUCUCUCACCAAGAAAGCCCACGGAGACAACGACUUCUUCUCAGGACUCGUAGAGGAGACGGAGAAGAAGGAGGAGGAGGAGGAUGAAGCUGAGGAGGAAGAGGAGGACAGUGACAGUGGCAGCGAUUAAAAAGAGAUGUUCCUCUCUGUGCCUUUGGACAGUUCAGCCCUGAAUGAGUGGGCAGACGUUGUUGGAUCGUCCCAAGUUGGGAGAAACCAAACCAGCCGUCAUUUGUAACUUCUACGAUUGUGACGUAGAAACAGAAACAGAAACCUCUGUUGGUGCUGAUGAGGUUCAUUUUUCAUACCGACACAAAUCGUGUUUGGAUGAAGACUGAAUGUCUCUUUCCUCCUGAAAAAACAUUCAUACUGACUGUUGAUGAACCACAUAUAAAACCAAAUGAUCAGACACUAAAUGUGAAGUAAUGACUUGUAAUGACUACAGGUGCAUCUCAAUAAAUUACAAUAUCAUAUAAAAGUUUAUAUAUGUCAGUAAUUCUAUUCAAACAGUGGAAAACUUUUUUGGAAUAUUACAAAAGACCAAUUUUAAAAAGUAUGUUUAAUAUCGUUAGCCUCAUAGCAUAUUUGCCUUAGUCAUAUUUGAACGUUUUCGGAAAACAAGAAAAAACACAAUUUUUAGUAAGCCCAUUGGUAUUUUUAAUUGAUAUUGUAACAGUAAGUUCAAAUAGAAGUGUGAACAAGUUUGCAUAAAAAAUUAAACACAUACAGGCAGAGUACAUGAAAGUGACUUAGGCAGAAUAUGCCCUGACUAAGGCAAUUUUUUUCUUACACAUAAAUAAUGUAGUUUGAUUUGUAUGUAGUGGCAAAAAUGACUAAGGCAGAAAGUGAUUUUGGACUCUAACAAGUGUUCUGAUAGGCUGAGAACAUAUGCAAUAAGGCAGAAAGAUGCAGCAGUGGUAGGAGAGUAAAGUUAGGCAGAUAUCACAAUUUGGCCAAAAAUUGACUCAGGCAAUUAUGCUAUGAGGCUAACGAUAUGGAAAUGUUGGCCUCUGAAAAGUAUCUCAGUACUACUCAGUACUUGGUUGGGGCUGUUUGACUUGAACUACUGGAACUACUGGACUUUUCCUUCAUAUUCUAAUGUAUUGAUAUAAUCCUGUAAAUGAUUUUGUGGUGCAGCCAAACAGAGUAUUUAUUAUUAUUAUUAUCUGGUCAGACUUUGAUCAGAUAUUUAAUAAAUUUACUUUUUUAUUCAAGCAAAUUCUAACGCAGCUACAUUUGUAGAAAACAUUCAAGAAGUUUUUAGAAAAAAGGGGGAAAAAGUUACUUUUCUUAUUUUUUGGAAGAACUGUUUAUAUUGAGAGGUACCGUAUUUUCAUGUAUCUUUACAAAAAACUUUUUCAUUUUUAUUUUUUGCUCUAUGCAAACAGGCAGAACAAAUAGGAUUCAACUUAUAUUCUCUGACUCUGAUUUAAAUCAAAAUUAACUUUUUUAUUCAAGCAAAGUUUUCUGUAGCUGCAUGAGAGGAAAACAUUCAACAACCUUUUUUUAAAAAAAUGGGGGAAAACGUUGUUUGUUUGGUUCGUUUUGAAGAAGAAGAUGAUGAAUUUUUGACAUUGAGAAAAGUUCAGUGUUGUUUUGGUUUUGUAUUCAAAAUGUUCCAGCCUCAUGCUAACAGCCUCAGUUUUCACCUUUCUGCUGGGUUUAUUUGUGGAAAAAUGUUUAUAUGAACAUUAAAAUUGUUUUUUUAAUAUGUGUGUUUAUAUAUAUAGUUUUUGAAAUGUUAAAAGUGGUGAAGAAAUGCAAGUUUGUGCACAUUUUAGCAAUUCAAUGUGAAUAAAGUCUGUAUUUUUAUAAUCUCAGAAGACUAACCUACGUUAAUACCAGUUAAUAAUUACGGGAUUAUAAGAAUUUUUACCUUGA